UUUGUGUUAUUAGUACCCCUAAUUCCUUUAUUAGUUUAGACAGUUUAUACUUUAGCUUCAGCUAUGGUAUCUUGGUGUUUUAAUGGCAUGACUGCCCUUGUUACUGGUGGUGCUCGAGGUAUAGGACUUGCCAUAGUCGAAGAACUUGCAAGUUCUGGAGCACAUGUUUAUACAUGUGCACUAGAACCAGAAGAGUUGGACGAGUGUUUGCAUAAGUGGAAUAACAAAGGAUAUAAGGUGUCGGGAUUGGCCUGUGACUUAACGAUACGAGAAGAGCGUGAAAAGCUUAUGAAGAUCGUUAGUGAUCACUUUGACGAGAAGCUAAACAUCCUAAUAAAUAAUGCAGGUGUGGCAAUAAUGAAAAAAAUGGAAGAUGUUAGUGAGAAAGAUUGGUCAAUUCAAAUUGGCACCAAUGUUGAAGCUGCUUUCCACAUAUCUCAAAUGGCAUACCCUUUACUAAAAGCCUCUGGAAAUGGAAGCUUAGUGUUUACUUCUUCUGCUUCUGGGGUUGUUGCAAUACCUGAUGGUUCUAUCUAUGCACUCAGUAAAGGAGCAAUAAAUCAAUUAACCAGAAAUUUAGCAUGCGAGUGGGCAAAAGAUAACAUUCGUGUCAAUGCAGUGGCACCAUCAUUUAUCAAAACGCCUCUUAUUGAUUCAGUCAUUCAACAUUCAAUAACGCUCAAAGAAGGAGUUAACGGUAUAAUCAAUCGUUCAGCAUUACGUCGUCCUGGUGAGCCUACUGAAGUUUCUGGGCCGGUGGCAUUUCUUUGCUCUCCAGCAGCUUCAUUUAUUACCGGUCACAUACUAAUGGUAGAUGGCGGUGCUACCAUCAAUGGUUAUCCUUAAUUAAUAGACAAGACUCCAUAAGUAUUAAGUUGAUACUCAGUGUUUUUUUAUUUUAAAAAAUCAAGUGCAUUAGAAUAUAUAUUGUUUCUAGAGAGUA